UUGAGGGACCUGAGCAAAAAUCUGAUAGGAGGCUGAAAAAGGACUACAGAUGCUGUUGGAUUCUGACCUCCCUGCACUCGAAAUGAAUUUUAUGGAGCUACAGAACUCCAAAUGGCAACGCAAAUUGGCGUUCAACGCCAGUUCCAUGCUGCAUUCUGGAGUAAAAUGCCAGAAACACGUCACAAACCAGAGUUAAACACCAAAAACACGUUACAACUUGGCGUUUAACUCCAAGAGAAGCCUCUGCACGUGUAAAGCUCAAGCUCAGCCCAAGCACACACCAAGUGGGCCCCGGAUGUGGAUUUCUACAUCAAUUACUUAUCUUUGUAACCCUAGUAGCUAAUUUAGUAUAAAUAGAACUUUUUACUAUUGUAUUGGGUCUCUCUUAGACCAUUUGGUCUUUUUGAACCAUUAAGUCUUGGUUAUCCUAGUUCCCUCUCUGGGGCCAGAACCAAUGAACACCAUUAUCACGUAUGUAUUUUCAACGGUGGAGUUUCUACACACCAUAGAUUAAGGGUGUGGAGCUCUGCUGUUCCUCUAGUAUUAAUGCAAAUUACUACUAUUUCUAUUUAAUUCACGUUUAUUCUUAUUCUAAGAUAUCCAUUCGCACCCAAGAACCUGAUGAAUGUGAUGAUUUUGUGACACUCAUCACCAUUCUCACUUAUGAACAUGUGCCUGACAACCACUUUCGUUCUACAUGUAAAUAAGCUUGAAUGAAUAUCUCUUGGAUUCCUUAAUCAGAAUCUACGUGGUAUAAGCUAGAAUCUAUUGGCAUCAUUCUUGAGAAUCCGAAAAGUCUAAACCUUGUCUGUGGUAUUCCGAGUAGGAUUCAGGGAUUGAAUGACUAUGACGAGCUUCAAACUCGCGACUGUAAGGAAUGGUGACAUCACAAAAGGAUAGUAAAUCCUAUUCUUACAUGAUUGAGAACCGACAGAUGAUUAGCCGUGCGGUGACAGCGCACCUGGAUUAUGUUCACUGAGAGGACGGACGGUAGCUGUUGACAACGGUGAUCCCCAACAUACAGCUUGCCAUGAAAAGGAGUAAGAAUGAUUGGAUGAAAGCAGUAGGAAAACAGAGAUUCAAAAGGAACACAGUAUCUUCAUGCGCUUAUCUGAAAUUCCCACCAAUGAAUUACAUAGGUAUCUCUAUCUUUAUUUUAUGCUUUAUUUAUCUUUAUAUUCGAAAACCAUUAUAACCAUUAAAAUAUGCCUGACUGAGAUUUACAAGAUGACCAUAGCUUGCUUCAUACCAACAAUCUCCGUGGGAUCGACCCUUACUCACGUAAGGUUUAUUACUUGGACAACCUAGUGCACUUGCUGGUUAGUUGGGCGAAGUUGUGAAGAAUGUGUGUGAACGAUAGUACUGUGCACCAAGUUUUUGGAGCCAUUGCUAAGAAUUGUUCGAGUUGUGAAAAGUAUGAGUCACAAUUUUGCCUAUCAUGCUACGACCUAAAGAAUGUCAUAGAAAAAUUGGCACGAGAAGGGAGACUAGAUCGGUUCUUAGCCAAUAGGGUAGACGAACCAAAAAAGAGAAGAAGCGAUGAAGAGGGCGGACGAGCUGAACAUCCCCCUCACACCCCGGAGAGACAUAUUCACAUGAUAAACGGAGGAUUCGCAGGAGGAGGGAUCUCUAAGUCAUCCCGCAAAAGACACCUUAAAGAGGUAUACCAUGUCGGAGAGGGGGACAGGUCGCCCAACCUCCCCACUAUUACCUUCGCUCAAGAAGACGCCACAGGCAUCAUCCUAGGACAUGAUGACCCCGUGGUCGUUACCAUCAUACUUUUCAAUGCUAAUCUCCACCGAACAUUGGUAGACCAAGGAAGCUCUGUGGAUACCCUGUUCAAAUCCACCUUGGACAAGCUCAGCCUACAAGAAAAAGAGCUCAGAGCAUAUCCUAAUAGCGUAUUCAGGCUCGGAGACACCCCGAUCCAACCCCUGGGUUACAUCCCACUACACACAACCUUUGGAAAAGGAACACCGUCUAGAACCCUGAGCAUAGACUACAUCAUAGUCGACGUGAGCUCAAUGUACAAUGCUCUCAUAGGUCGGACAAUACUAAAUCAGCUCGCAGCGGUGGUCUCCACCCCAUACCUAUGCAUGAAGUUUCCAACUCUAGAAGAGAACGCCACCAUAAAAGGACACCAAAAACUCGGGCGACGCUGUUACAACGAAAGUCUAAACCUUAAAGGCGACCCCAGUGGAAAAGAAACCAACACUAUUGAACUCAGGAGAAUCAGAGCUCGCAAAGAACUUCGUCCUCAAUUAGAAGGUGAGACUGAAGAAGUUCAGAUCGAGGAUACUCAAGACAAAAUAACAAACAUAGGGGAAAACCUAAAAAGAGAGCUAAAAGAACUGCUGACAAACACCUUAAGAAAGAACUCUGACCUAUUUGUAUGGAAGGCCCCAACCAAGAAAAAACCUCAUUCCUAACCCCAAGAGCAAACUACUGCUACGUAGUCAUGUCCUUCGGACUCAAGAACGCAGGGGCUACAUACCAGAGUUGAUGAAUAAAGUUUUUGCCAAUCACAUCGGAAAGCUGAUGGAGGUUUAUGUCGAUGACAUGCUAGUAAAGACGCAAAUAGAUGAAACCUUAUUACCUGAUCUCGCCGAAGUGUUCGACACUAUAAGAAAGCAUGGGAUGAGACUUAAUUUCGUAAAGUGCACUUCUGCGAUAGAUGCUGGCAAAUUCUUGGGCUUCAUGCUCACCCAGAGAGGGAUUGAAGCAAACCCAGAUAAAUGCCAAUCCAGAUGAAAAGCCCGACCUGUGUUAAAGAGUUACAGCAGCUCAACGGAAGACUAGCGGCUCUAUCUAGAUUCCUAGCUAGAUUGGCCUUAAGAUCUCUCCCUUUCUAUGUAACACUAAGGAAAGGAAAGAGGUUUGAAUGGACCCCAGAAUGUGAACAAGCCUUCCAAGACUUCAAGACAUUCCUGGGGCGACCACCUAUCCUAACCCGACCCAAGGAAGGUGAAGAACUAAUCCUAUACCUCGCCGUAGGAAGUCAGGUGGUAGCCUCAGCACUAGUCAGAGAAGACAAAAAUAGGCAACAACCUAUCUACUUCAUUAGUAAGUCUCUACAAGGACCUAAACUAAACUAUCAAAAGAUAGAAAAGUUUGCAUAUGAUAUACUUACUUCUCGAUGACUCCGACCAUACUUCCAAGCCAAUACCAUCAAAAUACGGACCAACCAACCCAUAAAAGGUAUGCUGCAGAAAACUCCUACAAUGGGCAGUUGAGUUGUCCAAAUUUGACCAUAAGCAUGAAGCUCAAACAGCCAUCAAGUCUCAAUACCUGGCCAAUUUUGUCGCAGAGUACAUCGACAGCCUGGGCACCCCCACAGAGUGGAACCUUUACGUUGACGGCUCCUCAAACAAACCUUUACGUUGGAGCUCAAAAGCUUACCAUCUUCAGUGACUCACAAGUAGUCACCUCGCAAAUAAAAGAGAGCUACCAGGCCAAGGAUCCCACCAUGAAGAAAUACCUAGACAAGACCAGAGAACAGCUCAGAAAAUUCAUGGGAUAUGAGAUUUGACAUAUACCUCGGGAACAAAAUACCCGAGCUGACACACUCUCAAAACUGGCCAGCAUCAAACCAGGGGGCAACAAUCGAAGCCUCAUCCAAGAAACAAUACAAAGUCCAUCAGCUUCGGAGGAACAAAAGGUCCUGAACAUAUCAGACCAAGACCAAGGGUGGAUGACUCCCAUAAUCAACUAUCUCAAGUCUGAAAUACUCCCCGCAGAUAAAAAGGAGGUAAAAAGGCUAGUACGAGAAGCACAGUACUACACCAUAGUGCAUGACGCUCUAUAUAGGAGAGGAAUCUCUACACCCAUCCUAAAAUGCGUCCCGACCUCCGCUACUAGGGAAGUCCUAGAGGAAGUCCACGGUGGCAUGUGCAGCAACCACCUUGGGGCACGAGCUCUUUCUAAAAAGGAACUCCGAGCUGGUUUUUACUGGCCGACCUUACAAAAGGAAGCAACAGAGUUCAUCAAGAUGUGCCCCUGAUGCCAGAAGCACGCCAACUUCUAUAUAGCCCCACCCGAAGAAUUCUUCUGUGUCACUUCACCCUGGCCAUUUGCAAAGUUGGGGCUCGACCUCCUCGGACCAUUCUUCCAGGGAUCAGGACAAGUCAAGUUCCUCAUUGUAGGAAUAGAUUAUUUCACAAAAUGGAUAAAGGCAGAGCCGUUAGCCAUUGCCACCGCCAAAAGAAGUCGGAAGUUCCUAUACAGAAACAUUGUCACAAGGUUUGGGGUCCCAUGCUCCAUCACCACAGACAAUGGCACUCAGUUCACUGACACGGGCAUCAGAAACCUGGUAGCCGAUAUGAAAAUCAAGCACCAGUUCACCUGUGUAGAACACCCACCAGCCAACGGACAGGCAGAAGCUGCCAACAAAGUCAUAUUGGCCGGGCUAAAACGGAGACUACAGGAUGCUAAGGGAGCUUGGGCCAAAGAGCUCCCGCAAUUCCUAUGGGCAUAUCGGAUAACACCACAGUCCACCACUGGGGAAUCACCCUUCUAACUUUCUUAUAGAAUAGAGGUAAUGAUCCCCGUUGAAAUAGAAGAAGGAUCCCCUAGAGUGAUCCUCUAUAACGAAGAUACCAACUCCCAAGCUUAAAGGGAAGAACUCGACCUACUUCCAGAAGUCCGAGAAAGAGUUCGGAUUAGAGAGGAAGCGCUAAAGCAUCAAAUAGCUUUAAAGUAUAAUCGGAAGGUAAUCCAGUGAAGCUUCGCCACCAACGAUCUCAUCUUAAUCCAAAAUGAUAUCGGAGCAAGUCGACUAGGAGAAGGGAAGCUAGCAGCCAACUGGAACGGGCCAUACCGACUUACAGAAGUACUAGAAAAAAGCUACUAUAGGGUGGCCAACCUUGAAGGGGGGAGCUACCAAGGUCAUGGCAUGCCUGUAACCUAAGAAGGUACUAUAGCUAGAAAAAGGUAAAGAUCUUAGGCCAAGGCACACUCUUUUUGCUAAAAGGUUUUUUAAUAAGGCACCAAAACAAGAUCUAAAAGCUGUCCGAACUAGAAGGGUAAGCGCUCACAUGUACACACUCUUAUUUUUAUUUUUAUCUUAUUAUUUGAAUAAAAUUUAUCGAUUCCCUACAAAGUUUCCUAUUAAGACGCAUUAAUUUACGCUAAAAAACGCAAAAUUCAUCGCCCGACCAAAAAAAAAGAGGUCGGCAAGGUGAAGCGACAAAGUUCGAGUUAAUGCAAGAAGUUAUAAAAAGUAACCCAUAUAAAGCGACCUGACGAGGUCAAACUAAAAAUGGGAUUACUAGAAAUAACUUAAGAAGGCUCGACAGAGAAGUCGGACCAAUGAAAGGAUCACUGAAAGGGGAACAACACCAUACAAAGGCCAAAAAAAGUUAAGAAACCUACGCUUGAAGUGCUAAGCUAAAAAGGUACAAGCCCUGAAAAGUAUGCUACUUAAAGCAAGAGCACAAUCUCAAGACG